UAUGAAAUUAUUCCACUCUUCUUAUUUUUUGCUAUUACAAUUCUUCACAUUUUAACAUUUUAACAUUACAGAAGGAAGAAUGUCGUGAAUAACUGACGAUUGUAAGAUUACUGACAGAGCUUCUAUUCUUUACUUUCAAAUCGAGAAAAGACAAGGAAAUAUGAAUGUAAAUCUGUUAUGAAAUAACGAUCGCUCAGUAAUAAGUGUGAAGAAAAUCCAUCGAAUGCAAUUUACUAUAAUUUUCACGUUUAAUAGUCUAUAAGUGCAGAAAAAGUACACUAUAGAAGUUGAGAUAGAGAAAUAAUAAUGUGAAUAAUAUAUUGAUCCGAGGUAUAGACGGAUGAUUCUUCGAAUUUUACGUGACAGUUAAUAUCUGGCAAGAACGAUGGACGUGUUCGACAAUCAGUAUCGUAUUUAUCGUAUUUUAUUGAAAAUUAUAGGACUAUGGCCAUACGACAACUCAAUCUACGUAUGGAUUCAAAGAAUAUGUAUAUUAAUGUACUUUCUUAUCGGUGUAAUAUUUCAGAUUGUUCUGCUUAUAUCUGAAAUUACAUUACAAAAUUGCAUUGUCAUGUUGUCUGAGACUUUUCCUACAUUGCUAUUUUUUUUACGAUAUCUUCAUUGUAUUACACUGUUUUCUUACGAAGAACUUUUGUUCGAUGCCAUACGCACAGAAGAACAUUUGUUACACGAUUCAAUAGAAAUACAAAUACAAACGAAAUAUCUGGAUAUUUCCAGUCAUAUCAUCGACAUUUUUUGCUGGAUGUCUUUUAUUUGUGUUGUAGCGACGAGUGUAUUUAUACUAAAUCCCGUAACAUUGGAUGUAAUAAUGCCUUCGAAUAAACCUCGCAUUCACUAUAAUCUCAUAUUUCUUUCCAACGAUCAAAGAACGUAUAUUGACAUUUUUAUAGUAUUAAAUUUGAUAAUAAUUUUGAUAUUCGGAUUAUUAUCUUUAAUAUGUACAGAAUCGUUAAUUAAUAUUGUUAGUUAUUAUAUAUGCAGACAAUUUCAUAUCGUUAGUUAUCGAUUACGAAACAUCAUUGAGGAUCUCAGUAUGCCUAAUCUGGCUAAGAUAGACUUGAAACUUAGAGACAUACAUCGAGUAGUGGACAUUCAUUGCCACGCUAUCGAGUAUAUCAAUGUAGCCUCAAGUAAUAUAGCGUCGCAAUAUCUGUUGGCAAUUAUUGUAUGCAUACUCUCAUUUUCUGUAAAUCUCUAUCGCCUAUAUAACGCAAUAAUAACUAUGGACAAUGAAAUAGAAAUCUUCGGUUCUGCUCUUAUGGUUACUUAUCAUUUAAUGAUCGUAUUUUUCAAUAAUCACUGCGGACAAAUAAUUAUUGACAGUAGUCUUGACAUAUUCAAUGAAUUAUUUGCUUCUACGUGGUAUUGCAUUCCAUUAAAAGCGCAAAAAUUAUUAUUGUUUAUGAUACUGAGAACUUCAAUGGGUUCUGAAUUACGUAUUUCUGGUUUAUUCAUUCUGUCUUAUGCAGGCUUUACGUCGGUAAUUUCUUUUCUAUUUUGAAAUCAUUUUGAAUUUCAACACUUUUAAUUAUUGUAUCAUU